AAAGAUGAGUCAUUGACGAAGUUUUCUAUUCAUCAUGGACGAUCGUACAGUGGACCUGAUCUUCGCAGGAUCUCUGAAGCUGCUGCCGCCUGUUAGCUCAAAGAUCGUGAGGAUAUUUACCAGCUCUACCUUCACUGACACGGCAAUGGAAAGGAAUACAUUAAUGGCGAAGUGUUAUCCACGAAUCAAGGACUACUGCAGAGAGAAGCAUGGCUUGGAGUUUCAGGUUGUAGACAUGCGCUGGGGCGUGCGUGACGAAGCCACCGACGACCAUAUGACCACAGAGCUAUGCAUGCGUGAGAUAAAGAAUUGCCAGCGAUUGUCUAUGGGUCCAAACUUUGUUGUGUUCCUUGGACAGAAGUAUGGUUAUAGACCAAUACCAACUUACGUGCUGUCUUCGGAGCUGCAAAUGUUGAGAGACGAGCUGGCGGCAGGCGGUGUUGAUGUCAUUCUACUGGAUACUUGGUACAAGAAGGAUUCCAAUGCUGUACCUCCAGUGUCUGUACUGCAGCCAAUAUCUUCUAUACUCGUCAAUUUUAAUAACAAAGUUUGGUAUACAGUGGAAUGGAUAGGCCGUGAAGGUCUGGAGACGGAAACCCACGGCGAAUAUCUCAAUCAUUUUAUCUCGCACUUCUACAAAAACAUUAUCAAACUAGUUGACAGGGCCAUGCGUAAAGAAGAUAGCAGCGCCCAAGGCCAGAUUGUGACAGAAAUCUUACAGCAUCUGCAUGCCUGUAACAAUUCCGUCAAGGUCUUCCACGGUAGAGAAGACGACCUGCUCUUCAUUGAAAAUUACAUGAAAAACAGCUCUGAUAAACCCUUGGUGCUUUAUGGCGAAGGUGGUUGUGGAAAAACCAGUCUCCUAGCAAAAAGUUCGGCGAUGUCCUUAGCUACAUGGUUUGCUGAAGUGCGACCAACCAAUGUGAUUAGGUUCCUUGGAACCACUCCCGACUCGAGCGCUCUUACUCCGACAUUAAUAUCGAUCUGUCAACAGAUUUCAUACAACUUCGCAUUACCCUUUGAGAGUAUCCCGGAUGACUUGGUGCCGCUAACAGCACACUUCAAGCAGAUGCUGACGAUGGCAACGCAACAGCAGCCAUUACUGCUAUUCUUGGAUUCAGUAGACCAGCUGACGGGAAUAGGGACAGAAAAUAAUAAGGUCUCUUGGCUGCCGACAAGAUUACCGCCGCAUUGCAAGAUAAUCGUGACUUGCGCUUGCGAGGAAGCUAAUCCAGAAGUAUCAAAAGAGUACGAUGUGCUGCGACGUAUGAUCGACUCUGAAGAUAACUUCUUAGAAGUGAAAGCUCUAGGAGAAGACCUGGCGAUGCAAGUUCUGAAAUUAUGGAUGGCAUCAGCAGCUAGAGAUUUAACUAACUACCAAUGGAGACUUGUAUCAAACGCGAUUGGACAAUGUUCGUUGCCGAUAUUCGUUAAAUUGGUUUUUGCUGAGGUAUGCCGAUGGAGGAGUUAUACCAAACCUCAGGACACACAUCUUGCGUCCACAGUUAUGGAUUCUAUUAUGAUGCUGUUUGAAAGAAUUGAGAAACAGCACGGUCGUCUGUUAGUAUUCCAUGCGUUGGCUUACAUCACAGCAGCUAGGAGUGGUCUCUCAGAGACUGAGUUAGAAGACCUAAUUUCACUGGAUGACAAGGUCCUUGAUGAUGUGUACCAAUACCACUUGCCACCAGUUAGAAGAAUUCCUCCGUUAUUGUGGACAAGAAUCCGCAACGAUCUUCCUAAUUAUUUGUCGGAAAGGGAAGCGGAUGGUGUCUCUGUUAUGAACUGGUAUCACAGGCAGUUUAGAGACACAGCAAGAGAAAGAUACUUCAAGAACAUGAAUAUGGCCAUGUACUUCCAUUCUAUGAUUGCUGAUUAUUAUUUAGGUAUUUGGGGCGGUGGUAUUCCGAAACCAUUUAAGUACACAGAGAUCCAGCGGCACAGGUUCAACUUGGCAGAUAAAGAGGGCAUCGCUGAUAGAAAGGUCCCUUUACAACCGUUAGUCUUUACAUCAACCGAUGGGUCUUCAAAAAGAUACAACUUAAGGAAGUUUGGUGAACUUCCUUUCCAUCUGGUCCGAUCGAAGCGCUUUACAGAUCUUUACGCAGAAGUUCUAUUCAACUACGAAUGGUUACAUGCCAAGUUAAACUGCUGUCCCCUGCAAGCUGUGCUCGCAGACUUUGAAGAUGCAAAGCUUCAUGUUAGCAAGGAUGCUGUAAGAGAACUUAUGCUAGUAGCAGACGCUCUUCGUUUGGGUGGAGCGAUCCUGGGAGCAUAUCCUGACAUGCUAGCACCACAGCUGGUGGGCCGACUGCUGCCAGAAGCUGCUAACAAUCCUGCCGUGUCGUCACUUCUGCAGCAGUGUCAUGAUGUAGGGAAGAAUCACUGCGCUUUGCUGCCAUCACAUCACUGUUUGCAUACACCUGGGGGACCUUUGAAGUAUUCCUUAGAAGGUCACCAGUUCGCAGUAUUCGCGUUUCGUCUGAGCUCCGAUAAGCGGUACGUGGUGUCAAUAUCUAGCCGUGUUAUCUCCUGGGACCUAUCAACGUCAGAUCUCGCUCGCGAUCUGUGUCCGCAAUUGGAAGGAAUUUUGCAAAACUUGGAGCUCUCACCAGAUAAUAAAUGGGCUGCUGCAUCAACUAAUAAUUCUGUGUCGAUGCUGUUGAACAUGCUGACAAGCGAAUAUGUCACCAUCGACAAUCCUUUGGAUGAAGGUGAAACUGUACGCGGUGUGUACGUGUUGAAUCACCACAUGUUUAUCUAUGGCCCGCGGUCCUGGGUGCAGUACAACAUGCGAGGAGAGCUCGAGCAGACUGUCUCAGCUCCUGACACCGGACCAUAUGAUGACGUCACUUGGGAAAUUCUCUCAAUGGAGUUCAGAGACCUGGAGAACUUCGUACUUAUAAUGUGGAGCGGAGACCUGGAUGACGACAGACUGCUGGUACAGUUCCAGAAGAAUGGAACCUGGAUGCAGCCCCUGAGGUGCAGAGGCGCGGUGACGUUCAACAAGUAUUGGACGAAGAUUUACAGCAGUGACCCGGAAAGAGGAUAUCAGAUAUCGGUGUUCGAGCUGAACGAAGAGCAGCAAUGUUGGGACAAGGUGGAAGAACUUCACCACAAAGAGACCGAUACUGCAGAGGCCAUGCUUCAACUUAAACGAGGAAAGAAAGAUAGAAUGUUACUCGCUACGACGACUUACAGUUUCGUAGUUUGGGACUUCUACAAUAUAAUCCCAAGAGGUAAUCAUGUUGAUGAAAGACAGAGACAAAAAAGUGAUGGGAAUGAGAAGAAAGAAGAGGAGGAGGAAAAAACAGAUGUCCUAACAGAAAAGGAUCUACGUCAAGAAGGAAUAGUACUAAAACUUCCUCACACCAUUCGUAAUAUCUCAACCAAGAUGACCCAGUCUAAUUCUUUCAUGGUCAGCAACAAUAACACUUACGCUGUGGCUGGAGUCAGAAAGAAUCUGUACGUUUGGAGUUUGGAGACAACAAAGCUAAUUAAGAUCCUGGACGCCCAUUUCGGGAGGAUCGUGCAGCUGGAGCCGCUGACUGUGGGUGCCUGGAACAACGUCAUCACCUCCUCCAUUGACCGCACUGUCAAGAUCUGGAAUAUUGAUAACAUCUUUGAGCAGGUCCACAAGAUCGAUCGACAGGAGUUACCCAUUGAUGCUAUUAGUCUAGCAAGAGACAAGCAGCUAGCAGUGACAGUGACCCGAAGUUGCUGGGGUCUUUGGGACACCAGCAGUGGCAGACUGUUGGCACAACUAGCUGACGCCCCACUCGGUGCCAUCGUGACACACGCUGUCAUCACACCAGUUGGUGACAACGUGGUGACAGCUGAGUCUGGGAAUGUCGUGAUAUGGGAUAUUGCUGAAAAGCAGGUGAUAUUCAAAGAAGAACAGAAAGGCGUGAAGCAAGUACUCUUAUUAGAUGACGGAACUAAAUUUAUAACAAUUUCAAUGCAAGUAUCCACAGAUAACAUUGAUAAUAUGGCCGUGGCUGUUAUCAUAGCCAGGUCAAUACCAGAUGGAGAGAGGAUCUACACAACAGAUUACGAAGUUAGAGGCACAGGGUACAAGGCAGCUGUGGUAUCAGCAGAUGAACAUCAUAUUGUAGCUCCAGGGAUAGACAAAACUUCCAGAGAAUGCCUACAUGUGUUCCACGCAAGGACAGGCACUAAACUUCACAGGAUUUCAGUAAAAAACAGUGGAAUUAAAGACAUGCAAUCGAUAGUGGCAUUACCUCACAAGCCACACUGGGUAGCCGUAGUCGGCAAUGAUAAGGCGGGAAUACUUGAUAUAAAAACUAAAAGACACGUCAGAUUCGUACCACGUUGGAACGGCGCUUGUACUAAAGAUGGUAAGAUAGGAUUGUGCGCGCCGUCACGCGGUGGUCUCGACCUGAUCGAACUGAAGCGAGGCACAUCACUACAGCAGUUAAUCUCAAGAGCUGCAGAGGGCGUCUUCUCCAUUAUAACAAUGUUCAGCUCUACUGACCAGUAUGUUUUUUACUAUCACAGUGGUAGGAAAACUUUGAGGGUUUUUAGAACUGUGGACGGCAAAGCUGUCGCGGAGUACCGAGCCCCCGCCGAGGUGACUGGCGUGGCGAGCGCAGACGGUGGCAAAGCUGUAGCUCUUGGCUCUCAAGAUGGAUGUCUUACUAUACUUAACAUUGUAGAUCCUCAUGAAUAAGCACAUGUGACUGGAUGCCUAGUCCACUUUCC